AGGAAAACGUCUUUGUUCCUUGGAAUUUUUUUAAUUAAAAAUAUACAUUUUUUUUGUUUACAACUCUGUAGAAACGGAAAAAAAUAUCAAUUAACUUUAAAAAAGAUUUUACGAUGAGUGUCGGUAUUGAUUUGGGAACGUCAUACUCUUGUGUCGGUGUUUGGCAAAAUGGUAGAGUCAAAAUUAUUGCCAAUGACCAUGGUAAUCGUACAACGCCAUCAUAUGUCGCUUUCACUAAUACGGAAAUUCUUAUUGGAGAUGCCGCCAAAAAUCAAGCCUCUAUGAAUCCUCAUAAUACCGUAUUUAGUGUUCAUCGUCUCAUUGGUCGUAAUUUUAAUGACCAGGACGUUCAAUCCGAUAUGAAGAAUUGGCCGUUCAAAGUCGUCAACAAUAAUGGUAAACCAUAUAUCAGUGUUGGAUACAAAUAUAAAAAGAAAAUAUUUUCUCCCGAAGAAAUUUUAUCCAUGGUAUUAACAAAAAUGAAAGAAAUCGCAGAAGCUUUCCUUGAUACACAAGUUAAAAAUGCCGUAGUUACAAUGCCAGCUUACCUUAAUGAUUCUCAACGUCAAGCUAUAAAAGAUGCAGGGUCGAUAGCAGGUUUGAAUAUACUUCGUAUCAUUGCUGGACCAACUGCAGCGGCCAUUACUUACGGAUUGGACAAGAAAAUAAUUGGAGAACGUAAUGUUCUUAUCUUUGAUUUGGGUGGUGGUGCUUGUAAUGUCUCUCUCUUAACUAUUGAAGAAAGGGUUUUCCAAGUAAAAUCCAUUGCUGGUAAUGCCCAUCUUGGUGGUGAAGAUUUUGAUAGUCGACUUGUUGAUCAUUUUGUAAAUGAAUUUAAUAGAAAAUUUAAGAAAUAUAUCUCUUCCAAUGCACGUGCUAUCCGUCGUUUAAGAACGGCGUGUGAGCGUGCGAAAUGUACACUUUCAGCAUCAUCACGAACUUCCAUUGAAAUUGAUUCUCUUUUUGAGGGUAUUGACUUUUAUACCUCUUUGACACGUACCAGAUUUGAAGAAUUGAAUCAAGAUCUAUUCCGUUCUAUAAUCGAACCUAUUGAGAGAGUACUUCAAGAUGCUAAAAUUGACAAAAGUCAAAUUAACGAAAUUGUUUUGGUUGGUGGAUCAUCACGUAUUCCCAAAAUUCAAAGAAUGAUAUCUGAAUUUUUUAAUGGAAAAGAACUAAAUAAGUCCAUCAAUCCCGAUGAGGCUGCAGCUUACGGUGCUGCAGUACAAGCUGCUAUUUCCUCUUCCUCUGGUUAUAUUUCUGAAAAAACUCAAAAUAUACUUCUACUUGAUGUCACUCCUUUAUCUCUUGGUAUCGAGACUGCUGGUGGUGUCAUGAAGCGGAUUAUUAAACGUAAUACCACAAUACCUACUAAGAAAUCUGAAAUUAUGUCUACAGAUCUUGAUAAUCAGUCUAGAAUAUUACUUCGGAUAUAUGAAGGUGAAAGUACCCGAACAGGAGAUAACAACUUACUCGGAAAUUUUGAAUUUUUUGGUAUUAAGCCAGCACCAAAAGGUGUUCCAAAAAUUGAAAUUACCUUUGAUAUUGAUGAAAAAAGCAUUUUAAUCGUUUCUGCUGUUGAUAAAGCAACUGGCAGAUCAAAUAAGAUUACCAUCACUAAUGACAAAGGACGAUUAUCGAAGAGAGAAAUCGAACGCAUGGCUUCCGAGGCUGAAAAAUAUCAUGCAGAAAGAAAGAAAAUUGCUCAAAAAAUGCAAGCACGAAGUGAUUUGGAAUACUAUGCGUAUAACUUACGUAAUUUGGUUCAAAAUAUUGAUGAUAUAAAGAAUAAACUUGAAAUUGCAAUAGAUAAAUCAACUACAUGGCUUGAAAAUAAUCAAGAAGCAGGAAAAGAUGAAUAUGAACGGGAACAAAAAUUACUUAAAGGGAUUACCGACCAAAUAAUAAUUGAACUUAAUAGCGUAAAUAAUCCUUCAUAGUUAUCUUAUUUUAAAAUAUGUUUUAUAAAUUUCAUGAAAUUAAUCAUGUCAUUCUGUAAUCGAUGACAUAUGGCAUUAUUUUCGUUUUUAUUUAUAUUGCAUUCCUGGAUCAAAAUUGUAUAAUAUGAUUGAUGGCUAUUUUUAUUUUAGAAAGAAUUAUUAAAUACAUAUAAAAACGCAUAUUCAUACCUUAUCAAUACAUAGUUAAAAGAAGAAAGAAUCUAUGAAACAUUCUGAAAAGAAUAACAAAUACUCAUUUCAGCGCGGGUUAACUUUACUUACUGAGAUAGUAGUUACAAUAAUUGUAGCGGUAUGAUAAAUUUUGCGUGAUCACUGGCAAAUUAUUUGUUGUUAAUAGAAAUAAGGCCAAGAUUAUUGCAUUUCUUAGCUACAUAUUACGAAACUAAUACCUCAAGGUCUUGAGUUUGCGCAAAUAAUCAAAAUCAUGUAGAUCUUGCCUUUUAU